AUGGAUGCACAAUUAAAUGAAGAAGAAGUGAUAAAUAACUUCACAAGACAUAUACUUCGAAACAACAGCGGGAAUUAUCCUCCAUUACGGAAACCAUUGAAUAAUGAUUUCAUUUAUCAAGAUAUAGGGUCCAUCACUAGCAACAGAGGGAAUAAGUUGUUACAAAAGAGUGAAUUGAUUUCCAAAUUCAAAUUAAAUUCUACUAAGUCUAUGGAUGAGGAAUGUAUUUAUUACAAUGGUAGUGAACACAAUUUAUUACAAAGGCGUAAACGAAUGAAAUUCAAUCAUUCCACAGACAAUUCGUUAGAUUAUGAAGAAUCGUUAAAGGAUUUAAUCGAUAUUCAUUCAAUCCUUACCCCCAUCAAUUCAUUAGCAGAUUUAUAUAACCAUCCACCUCAUUCAAGAAUAUUUAGGAAUAAAAUCCUUAGAUCUUUAGAACAACAGACAGUUUUAAAUAUUGAACGAGAACAGAAUGGUGUGAUCCAUUACUCAUCUCUUUUAGAAACCUUUUUAGGUGGACAUCCAGCUCCCUUGAGAGAGGAACAAUUGAAUUUGCCUGCAUAUGAUCAUCAAAUAGAGAUACCAGAUGAAAGUGAAAGUGAUAAUGAAACUACCACGAAUACCACAACAACAACGAUUAUGGAUUCCAAUUCUCUUGUUACGGGAUCAAAAGAAAAAUCAAAUUCCCCCAUGGAAUCAAAUUCUUCUGUAGCAUCAACCAAAGAUCAAUUUUUUGGUUUACCUGAUAUAAAACCCUCUAAAUUUGCAAGUAUGCCCUCGUUCCAUUCAAGUAAAACUAAAGAACUUUCCAAUUCUUCUUCUCCACAGCCAGAUACAAAACAAGAAGAUAAUCAAAAUGAAAUACCACAAGAAGAUGCCACUGAAAUAACGCAAGAAAAUCCUACAACAACGACUACGACAAAUGAACAAACAAAAACUCCAACUCAAUAUACUCAAUUGAGUGAAGAAAUUGAAACAGGUAGACAGUUAGCUCAAAUUGCUCUGCAGAGAGCCACGGAGUAUGUUCGUAAUUUACAACGUGCAAGAUAUUGUCUAGCAAGGGCCGAACGAGUAAGACAACGAUUGAAUAUGUGGGCGACAGAAGUGGCUACAAAGGAUUCUGCAUUUACACCUACUACUACUACUAAUAAUAAUAAUAAUAAUAAUAUAAUAGCAACUCCUUUAGAAACAGACUCAAAAGUUACAAAGGAUUCGAGUAGCACAACAACUAGAAACGUUAAAAAGACUAAAUAA